AUGCCUCUCCUCAACAAACAGCUGCGUAUUUGGCUUCUCAGGUACGUUUACCUGGCGUUAGGUGGCUGUGUGCUCGCUAUGGUGUCCAUGGGCUCGUACUGCUGGCUGGUCUUCGUUCCUGUUGGAGCUUCUGCAGUGCUGGUCCCCUCAGCACGCUCCCUGCACGCUCAUACCUGCGUAUUUGGAGCCCAGAUGUGCUGGCAAACCGGCUGGCACCUCUUCAUUCAGUACAAGGAGUACUGGCUUCAGGAGCCUGUAGACACCAGGCUCCUGAUCGCAGUCUCAUCCCUGAUGCUUCUCACACAGAGAAUCACAUCGGUGUCGAUGGAUCUCCAAGAGGGCAAACUGACUGGCACACAGAGUGUGGGCACUACCACAUCAGCCCUGGCACCACACCUGGCUGGCACACAGAGUGUGGGCAGUGCCACAUCAGCACUCCAAUACCUCAGUUACACACUUUACUUCCCCGGGCUCCUGGGCGGACCCCUCUGUUCUUUUCAGCAGUUUGUUUCCUUUGUGGAGCAGAGGGUCAGCCCUGCCCCACAGCCUCUGUACGCUGUGUGCUGUAAGGUCUGUUGGACUUUAGGCCUGCAGUGGGGUAAAUGUGUCCUUGUGGACGUGAUGGAGCGUUACUCCCCAGGCCUGGCCCAGCUGAGCGCAGUGCAGAGUACCCUGUGGGUGUUGGGCCUCGCCCUGGUGUUCAGGCUGAGCUAUUACUCCCACUGGGCGCUGAGCGCGGGCCUGAACAACGCGGCCGGGUUGGGCUUCCGGGGGUACAGCGGGCGGGGCGUCCCGCGGUGGGACGGGGUGUCGGACGGGGACCCCUGGACCCUGGAGACGUGCAGCCGGCCGUCUGCGUUUGCGCGGCACUGGAACGGGACGACGGCCGCCUGGCUGCGCAGGGCGGUGUUUCAGAGGUGCAGGACCGCCCCGCUGGCGAUGACUUUCGGGUUCUCCGCCUGGUGGCACGGCCUGCACCCAGGGCAGGUGCUGGGGUUCCUCCUCUGGGGCGUCGCGGUGAAGGCAGACUACCGCAUACACCAGCACGUGCGCCCUCUCCUGACCUCUCCAGCCACACAGCAGCUGUACCGCGGCCUGGGCUGGGCGCACACCCAGCUGCUGAUUGCGUGUGUGGUGGUUGCCGUGGAGCUUCGGGGCGCCUGUUUUAUGUGGCUGCUCUGGAAGACCCACAUUUCUGUUUUCCUUCUUCUGUACGUCAUACUGUUGUUUUUUCUGCCACAAAAACAUCCCUAA